UGAGAUCACUCUGGAGCAAACAGAAAAGAAAAAGAAGAAGAAGAAGAAAGCUGAGGCAAUUGGAGGUUCUGUUGUCAGUACUGAAAAGCUUGAUGGUUCUGCAGUAACAAUGGUGGAAACCUCACUAAAGGAUGUUGCUCAAGGGGCUGAGAGACCAUUUGAUCAGCAACCACAAACCACAAAAGAUGCUCCAGAGGACAAAGCUGAAAAUGUGGAAAGUAAAAAAGUGUGUGAGAUAGCUGAAGAGCAAGUUUUUGGAGCACAAUCAGAAAAGAAAAAGAAGAAGAAAAAGAAAGUUGAGGCAAUUGGAGAGCCUGUUGCGAGUUUGGAAAAGCUGGGUGGUUCUGCGGCAACAGUGGUGGAAAUGGCAACAAAGGGUUUAGCACAAGGUGCUGAGAGCCCAUUCGAUCAGCAACCCCUAACCACAAAGGAUGCUCCCAUAGAUAAAACUAAAAAUGUUGAGAGAGAAAAAGUGAGUGAGAUCAUUGAAGACAAAACUGAAGAUGUGGAAAGAGGAAAGUUGGUUGAGAUCACAGAGCAAGUUAUUGGUGGACAGGCAGAAAAGAAAAAGAAAGCCAAGGAAAUUGAACAUGCUGUUGUGAGUUUGGAGAAGCUUGAUGGUACUGCAGCAACAGUGAUAGAAACGACGACAACAACAAAAGGUUUAGCUCAAGGGGCUGAGAGUCCAUUUGAUCAGCAACCACAAACCACAAAAGAUGCUACUAAGGACAAAGCUGAAGAUGUGGAAAGAGAAAAGGUGGAUGAGAUCACUGAAGAGCAAGUUGUUGAUGGUCAGUCAGAAAAGAAAAAGAAGAAGAAAAAGAAGGGAAAGAAAGGAAAGCAGGAAAUGGUAGAGGAAACAGAAGAGAAAGGAGUGCAUGACGGUAAAGAAAAAGAAAGCACAGAUGUUACAAAGUCAACUCCAGCACCUCAUGAGAAAGAAGCUUUACUCAUGAAAGCUAAGGAGAGUCUCCUGAGGAAGGUGCAUGAACGAGGAGUCAGUGACAAGCAGGUGGGAGAGGAGCUAGAAGCUUUGCGUCAGGGUGUUUCAAAGAAGGAGCAUCAUCUGGAAGAAUCUAAGAUUGAAAAGAAACCAUCAGUGUCUCCAUCAAAGGAGAGUGAUACCAGAGAGAUAGAUCAGCUGGAAGGAAAGAUUAAGGAGAGCAGUGAUCUUCCGCAAGAAUCCCAGACUCAGUUUGCAACUGUAGUAGAGUCACAUGACCAAGAGAAAAGUGAUGUAACUGAUGUCAAGAAGAAAUCCGAGGUAGCCAGUGCUUUAGGUGACAGUCUGGUCACAGCCUCCUCUGAGUUCCCUAAGGUUGAGACAGAGGAUCACUCUACAGAAGAUCAGCAUAGAGACAGCAGUGGAGCAGGGCUCAAUAUUAGUGCUGUUCAGAGGGUUUUUUUUCUCCUGAAGCUGAAGUCAUGGAGACUAAGCACAUGGAACAGUUUGUGGAACAAAUUAUCUCAGAACCUGAUAGGCAACCAAAAGAGCUGACUACUCCCAGAGUUGAUACAGAUCUCAUCUUCAAGGAUACUCAGGAUAUAUGCUAUGAAGGCUCCAAGGAUGCUCUUGAAAAAGACACCCAGGAACUCCCUCAUUCUCUAGUCCAACAAGUCAAAGAGCAACCAGUGUCUAUUGAACCACCUCUAGAGAUUAGUACAGAUGAACAGGCAACUCCCUCUAAGGUCCCAGGCAGUCAAAGCACAAAACUCCUGCCUAGCAAACCAGAGGUGGAGAAGGUAGGAAUUCAAACCAUGACUGGCAGCAGCAUUGACACCAAAGAGGAAGCUCAUGGUCUGGAGUCUCCAGAAGAGUCUGAUCUUCAGUGUCAGAGGAGAUUCUGGAGCCAGACACCACUGAAAAUUGGGAGGAAGAAGAGAGAGAGGCCAAAGAAAAGAGUCGAGAGAUGGAAGCAGCUGAGAUGUU